AUGCCAGGAUCUACCACCGUCCUAGUAUCAAAGCCGCAUGGUGGUAAAUCUUUUCCUGAUCCACAAGGGCUGCGAAUGCCCGUGGUGGUGACCACCUGGGGCAGACUUUGGCCAGGCUAUACUCGGGUUCCAAUGAACCGCAAUGGCUUAGCCAGCAAAUGUACAAAAAAUGGUGAUUAUGCUGGGGCCAGCACAACUAAUGAGGACGGGCCGUUCAAACCUCCCAACGAAAAUAGAAUGGCGGGGAAGUUCGAUCCGAAUUAUCAGACAUUAGCUGGAAUGAACAAUGACGAAGUCUUUAAACCAAAGGUUGGUGGUGGUGGAUCUGGUGAACGCGGUGGCUUAAACAUCAGAGCUCCUAAAGAUAACAAGAAAGUGGCGACAUUUGAUCCGAAUUAUCAGACCUUAGCAGGAUUAAACAAUGAUGAAGUCUUCAAGCCGAAGGGUGGUGGUGGAGCUCCCGACGGUAUUAUGAAUAUCAGGGCUCCUAAAGACAACAAGAAAGUAGCGACAUUUGAUCCGAAUUACCAAACACUGGCUGGAUUAAAUAACGAUGACGUGUUUAAGCCAAAGGGUGUCGGAGGAGAAGGAUUUGGCGAACGCGGCGGUCUUAAUAUCAAGCCUCCCAAAGACUUCAAGAAGGUGGCAACAUUUGAUCCGAAUUAUCAAACAUUGGCUGGAUUAAACAAUGAUGACGUAUUUAAACCAAAGGUGAGCAAAUUUGGAGGAAGCUUGAAUGAAAACUCGUUCGUAGUUCUACCAAGCUGUUCAAAAACUAGUGAUGGAUUACAGACUGUACCCUUAAACUGGCAUGUCUCAGUUUAA